AUGUCUAAUAAUUUCAAAAUAAUUUUAUUUUUAACAAUUAAUCUAUUUAUUUAUUUAAGUAUUAAUUUUAUUGAAUCAAGGAAUAUUUUGAAUAAAAAAGGACAAAAAUUAUUUUUAAAUAAAAAGAGGGAAAUUUUAAAAAAUUCAACAAAAAUUAAAAAAAGCGAGGAAAGAAAUGAAGAAUUUUUUAUAGAUUAUGCAAUGCUUUCAUAUAAAGAUAUUUAUGAUGAUGCUAUUUAUUAUUUUCACGAUAAUUGUUAUUAUGAAGAGGAAAAAUUUGAAGAAUAUUGUUAUAUGGAUAAAAUGAGUACUCCAAUUAAUGCUAGAUUUGAUGACAACUUAUAUGAUGUUGAAUUCUUUGUUAACGAACUUGUUGACAGUCAGGGGAAUACAAUUGUAAAUAUUAGUAGAGACACUACUUUUACUCUUUAUUAUAUGUUUUUUCGCAAUAUUAUACAAGGAAAUAAAAAGGAUAUUACAAAAAUUUCAAAUGUUUUAGAUGCUCAUUAUGAUAUUUCUCGUUAUUAUUUAGAUGGUUUAUGUAAUGAUACUAAAAUAAAAAGGAAUCAAUUAGGUUUAAAAUUUAAUAAUGCGAAUAUUACAAUUAAUUUUGAUGGAAGUGAUUUGUCUGGAUAUAGUAAUUUAUCAGCUAUUAAGUCAGAAUUAGAGGUCGGCAAAAUCGCACUUCCGGGAUCCCGAGUUUGGAUUUUUUCUUAA